UGUCAAUACUCGAGAAUAGUAGUACCUAAAACGCGGAAGCGAAAGGUUUCCGCGGAUUUCGGACUUUGGAAGGGAAAGGUAGGCUCUUGGUGCUGCUGCUUGAGCAUCUGGCAACGCGUCUUACACACUUUACAGCGUGGAACUCUGACGGUUGUGUCGCUGAUUUGGAGUGGCCGCGGCGCAAUGGCGGAUUUAAAUGCGGCGAGUAGGUUUGAAAAGUCGUUAGGAUUGUUGACGACACGUUUUGUUAAUCUGUUGCAAGAAGCUCGUGAUGGAGUGUUAGAUUUGAAAGUGGCUGCAGAUACGUUGGCCGUCAGGCAGAAACGAAGAAUUUACGAUAUCACAAAUGUAUUAGAAGGAAUUGGUCUGAUUGAAAAGAAGAGUAAAAACAGCAUACAGUGGAGAGGGGCAGGUCCCGGAUGCAACACUCAAGAGAUUGGAGAAAAACUUGCCCAAUUGAGGAAUGAAGUAGCGUCAUUGGAUGCCUUAGAGAAACAUUUAGAUCAGCACAAACAGUGGAUACAGCAAAGCUUUCGGAAUACAAGUGAAGAUAAUGUCAAUAGUCGAUUAGCAUACAUCACUCACGAUGAUCUCUGCUCAAGUUUUGAAGGUGAUACCUUGCUUGCCAUCAGAGCCCCUCCACAUACUCACCUAGAAGUCCCCAUUCCAGAAGAUGAUCAGAAACGCCAGUAUCAGAUCCAUCUAAAAUCUCAAACUGUUCCAAUUCACGUCUUAUUGGUGAAUAAGGAUAGUGAAGGCACUAGUCCAAUUGCUGUACCUGUCCCACCUCCAAAACGUUUCUUAACGGAGACACGGCGUUCUCCAAGAAAAUCUCAGUCCCAGGAUCAACAAGAACCGUCUCUAAAGCCUAUGCAGUCAACUGGCGCUGAUGGAGAAGACACAGAAAUGGAAGAGCUUGUGUCUGAUUCGUUCCUUAGAUUGAGUCCUCCUCCCAGUGAGAGGGACUACUAUUUUCAUCUUGAUGAAAACGAGGGUCUUACCGAUCUAUUCGACAUGCCUAUCUCGUCCUUCUGAUCCUGCAUGCUGUUAAGCUGACCUUAAAGCUACGUCUAUCGUGCGAGUGAUGAUUAUUACCUGUUGUCCUUCCCUUAGCUAUUAUGGCACUGGUGUGGUCGGCAGAAACAGAUAAAACCCGCCGUUUGACACAGCGAAAGUUCAAAUUCAACCCACUGUUGAAAGUUAAUUCAUCGACUUGUUAAAUGAAGUAUCCCGUCGGUUAUCUUCCGAUCAUCACCAUCAAGUGAUGUAUUGUGCUGUAUGUUAGCAAAAAUCCUCAUCAAAAUGAAUACAAAUGAAUAGAACCCCGUCA